AGAGCACCAACUGUGAGCGUUAAAACCACGUUUUUACAUGGCGUCCAUGCCUCAGCUCGCUAGAUUGCUUAGCGUUAGAGUAUAAUGAGAGCACAUCAAAUAGCUUUAAAUGACAGAAUACGUUUAACUUUAUUUUUGUAAGAAAAAAAAUAUAUACGUAUAUAUAUUGAACUGUGUGUUUUCGCCAAAGUUUUGAAACGAAAAUGUCUGUAUAUAUGGAUUUAAAUAUAAUCGCCAUCAGCGAUAAGAAAAAGCUGCAGAACAUGAUAGAGACAGCUGCUCACCUUGGUUUCUCCACAGUUGCAAUAAAUUAUGUAGUAGAACCCCAGCAGAAGAAACAGCAAAUUCCUAAGCCAUUAUCUGUUUCAGAGUUGUGUGAAAAACUCCCCAUAGUACAGGGUAAAUCCAGACCAAUCAAAGUGCUGAACCGGUUGACAGUGGUGGCCACAGACGCCUCUCACUUUAGGCCAUCCAAUGAAUACAAGAACUUUGACAUUUUGGCUGUGUAUCCCAAAACAGAGAAACUCUUCCAUGCUGCCUGCAUGACAUAUGAUGUGGACAUCAUUUCCAUAGCAGCGACUGAAAAACAGCCUUUCCAUUGCAAAAGAUCACCAGUAAAUGGGGCAAUCGAAAGGGGAGUGUUUUUUGAGAUAAGCUACACUGCGGCCAUCAGAGACUCCACCAUGAAGAAAUAUACAAUCGCAAAUGCCAUCAACCUGGUGGAUGUGUGCAAGGGAAAGAAUGUCAUUAUGGCGAGUGGAGCGGAGACACCCCUUGAGUUGCGUGGCCCAUAUGACAUCGCCAAUCUUGGGCUAGUGUUCGGCCUCUCUGAAGGGGACGCCAAGGCUGCAGUCUCCACAAACUGCCGAUCUGUUGUACUGCAUGGAGAGACCCGGAUGACAGCGUUGGGUAUUAUUCACAUGAAGAAGAAGAGCCAACCGCCCAGUGAGCAGCCAGAGGACGAAACUCCAGCCUUAAAGAGGGCCAAAACUGAAACACUGUAGUUCAGAUUUCACGUUGGAACAUAAUAGCAGUUCAUUUUUGUUUAGUCUGACAAGUGAUUUACAGUAUUCAUCCACACACUGGUUUUCAGGAUUUUUGCAUGAACUGCUGGCUUUGUAUUGAGUCAGAUUUGACAUAAUUUCUGAUCCACUGAUGUGUUUUAUGCUUGCGUGGUAUUGACAGACACAACACUGAUAUGAGCACAUCAAAUAUGCUGUGAUUACUCCUGCAGUUUUUGUCAGGUUGUAGCAGAAGUUUGCAGAGAGUCGGGGUGGUUACUGUGAGGAUCAGCAUCUGUUCAUGUAUUGCUUAUCUGAAAUGUCUAGAAAAAGAAGUAAAGGAACUGAUGCUGUCCUAGUUUACAACCUGUAUUUUUGGUCAAUUAUAAAUAAAAGUUGUGAAACUCC